AUGUUCCCUUUGGCGGUUACCGCUGGAAACACGUUCAUUCUGAAGCCCAGUCCUCGUGUGCCAUUGACUUCAGUUCGCCUCAUGGAGCUGCUCAUGGAUACAGGUAUUCCUGAUGGAGUUGUGAACAUGGUCCAUGGAGGGGCGGAAUCGGUUGAGUGGAUCUGCAAACAUCCGAGUAUCAAGGCGAUCAGCUUUGUGGGGGGCAACACUGCAGGUGAAUUUAUAUUCCGAACUGGUGCUGCUCAUGGUAAGAGGGUUCAGGCUAACAUGGGGGCUAAGAAUCACUGUGUGAUCAUGCCCGAUGCUGACAAGGAGGAUGCGCUGAACAUGGUAGCCAACGCAGCGUUCGGUGCAGCUGGGCAACGCUGUAUGGCGCUGUCGGUACCGGUGUUCGUGGGGAAGGCCAGAGAAUGGUUACCUGACUUGGUGGAGAGGGCUAAGAAGUUCAAAGUUGGACAUGGUCUGGAUGCUACUGCUGAUUUCGGUCCACUGGUGUCGAAAGACGCAACGUCCAGAGUGGAGGGCAUCAUAGCUGGAUGUACGGCUGAGGGGGCGAGGUUGUUGUUGGAUGGGAGACAUCCUCAGGUGGAGGGUUACCCCAACGGUAACUUCGUGGGCCCUACAGUGAUCGCUGGGUGUAAGCCUGGUAUGACAUCCUACGACCAGGAAGUGUUCGGGCCAGUGGCUACCUGUGCUGAGGUUGAUACACUACAGGAAGCCAUUGAUCUCAUUAAUGCUAAUCAGUUCGGAAAUGGCGUUGCUAUUUUCACUCAAAAUGGGGCGGUGGCAC